CCCCCGUGGGGCCACGGCGACGAGGGCGCGGCCAUCUUGCUUCUGAGCAAACACUGGGAACGCUUCCGGCCCUCCGUAGUUGCCGUAAGGCAGUGAGGAGGCCGAGAGAUGAGGCCGGAGCUGACCAACUUCUGGGAAGAAUCCCUGACACUGGAGGAUGUGGCUGUGGGCUUCACUCGGGAGGAGUGGCAGCUCCUGGGCCCUGCUCAGAAGGACCUGUACCGGGAUGUGAUGUUGGAGAACUACAGCAACCUGGUGGCAGUGGGGUAUCCAGCCAGCAAACCAGAUGCACUCUUGAAGUUGGAACGAGGAGAAGAACCUUGCUGCACAACAGAAGAUGAAAUCUACACUCAGAUCUGUUCUGAAAUCAGGAAAAUUGAUGAUCCUCUGCAGCAUCACUUGCAAAACCCAAGUAUUCAGAAGAGUGUGAAACAAUUUCAUGAACAGAAUAUGUUUGGAAAUGUUGUUAAUCAGAACGAAGGUCAUAUCCUGCUGAAGCAACAUCAUCAAACCUUUGACUUACAUGAAAAACCUUUAAAAUCAAAUUUAAGUUUUGAAAACCAGAAAAAGAGCUCUGGCCUAAAGAACUCUGCUGAGUUUAAUGGAGAUGGGAAAUCCCUUUUUCAUGCUAACCGUAAACAAUUUUAUAGUGAAAUGAAGUUUCCUGCAGUUGCAAAACCUAUUGAUAAGACCCAGGUGAUUAAGCAGCAGAGAACUCACAACGUAGAGAAAGCCCAUGUACGCCGUGAAUGUGGGAAAACCUCCCUCAAGUUGUCCCAGCGUAUUCAUCAUCAGACAGUUCACAAUGGAGAAAAAUCUCAUGGAUGCAGUAUGUGUGGGAAAGCUUUCUCCAGAAAAUCCAGGCUAAUGGACCAUCAGAUAACUCAUCCAGGAUUGAAGCAUGAUGAAUGCACCGAAUGUGACAAAACCUUCCUCAAGAAAUCACAGCUCAGUGUACAUCAGAAAACUCAUAUGGGAGAAAAACCUUAUACGUGUAGCGAAUGUGGGAAAGCCUUCAUCAAAAAGUGUCGGCUCAUUUAUCAUCAGCGAACCCACACAGGAGAGAAACCCCAUGGAUGCAGUGUAUGUGGGAAAGCCUUUUCUACAAAGUUCAGUCUCACUACGCAUCAGAAAACUCAUACAGGAGAAAAACCCUAUAUAUGUAGUGAAUGUGGAAAAGGCUUCAUUGAGAAGAGGCGUCUUAUCGCACAUCAUCGAACUCAUACUGGUGAGAAACCCUUUAUAUGCAUUAACUGUGGGAAAGGAUUCACUUUGAAAAACAGUCUUGUCACACAUCAGCAAACUCAUACAGAAGAGAAAUUGUAUACAUGCAGUGAAUGUAGAAAAAGCUUUUCAAUGAAGCACUGUCUCAUUGUACAUCAACGAACUCACACUGGAGAGAAACCUUAUAAAUGCAAUGAGUGUGGAAAGGGCUUCACCUUGAAAAGCCCACUCAUCAGACAUCAGCGAACACAUACUGGAGAGAAACCCUAUGUUUGCACCGAAUGUCAAAAAGGUUUUACCAUGAAGAGUGACCUCAUUGUACAUCAGCGAACUCACACUGCAGAGAAGCCAUAUAUAUGCAACGAUUGUGGAAAAGGCUUCACUGUGAAGAGCCGCCUUACUGUGCAUCAGCGAACUCAUACAGGAGAGAAACCCUAUGUAUGCGGUGAGUGUGGAAAGGGCUUUCCAGCAAAGAUCCGGCUAAUGGGACAUCAGCGAACUCAUACAGGAGAGAAACCUUAUGUAUGCAGUGAGUGUGGAAAAGGCUUCACGGAGAAGAGUCAUCUCAAUGUACAUCGGCGCACUCAUACAGGAGAGAAACCCUAUGUCUGCAGUGAAUGUGGCAAAGGCUUAACUGGGAAAAGCAUGCUCAUUGCACAUCAGCGAACUCAUACUGGGGAGAAACCUUAUAUAUGCAAUGAAUGUGGAAAGAGCUUCACCAUGAAGAGUACUCUCAGCAUACAUCAGCAAACUCAUACUGGAGAAAAGCCGUACAAAUGCAACGAAUGUGAAAAAACCUUCAGGAAGAAGACAUGCCUCAUACAGCAUCAGCGAUUUCACACAGGAAAGACUUCCUUUGCGUGUACUGAAUGUGGAAAAUUCUCUUUGCGCAAAAAUGAUCUCAUUACACAUCAGAGAAUUCACACGGGAGAGAAACCAUACAAAUGCAGUGACUGCGGGAAGGCCUUCACUACAAAGUCAGGGCUCAAUGUUCACUCAAGAAAACACACAGGAGAGAGGCCCUAUGGAUGUAGUGAGUGUGGGAAAGCUUUUGCCCACUUGUCUAUCCUUGUUAAACACAAGAGAAUUCACAGGUAGUCAUUUUUGGAAAGCCUCCUGCCAGAUGUAGGCCCUGAAGAUAUCUGCAAAGAAGAGUAAUUUCAUGAAUGCAGAGUGUUUGGUUGUUUAGUGAUCAAUUACCUCAUGUUUUGUGUCAGAAAAAACAUACAAAACAUUUGAGAAAAUAUUUUAGGACAUUAUGUCUAAAGAUUCUAUACUGAGAAAAAUCCUAUGAAUAUGGCAGACUAUGAAAGCCUUUGGUGGGAAGAUAAACCCUCUCAGAAAUGAUCAUCAUAGAUCAUGAAUAAACUACUAAUUGGUGGAAGUGUAAUAAUUAUGGGAAAGCCUUUGCCCAGAAAUAAAACCUCCGUAGAUUGAGAGAGUUCACACUGGAGAAGUGUUUUCCUCUGGCAGUGAACAUGGCAGGGUGUUCAGUAAAAUGUUUUGCCUCAUGUGCCGGGAAAUAAUGUAGAAAAAAACUUAUGAAAACAUUCAGUGUAGAAGACUUAUAGGAAAAUACCAGAGAACUUAAUGAAGGAAAGAAGUCUUCGCAAAAUGAUGGAUGAGAGCUUUCUGUCACAAUUCUGACACGGAGUUUCACUCUUGUUACCUAGGCUGGAGUGCAAUGGCGUGAUCUUGGCUCACCACAAUCUCCGCCUCCUGGGUUCAGGCAAUUCUCCUGCCUCAGCCUCCCGAGUAGCUGGGAUUACAGGCACGUGCCACCAUGCCCAGCUAAUUUUUUGUAUUUUUAGUAGAGACGGGAGUUUCACCAUGUUGACCAGGAUGGUCUCGAUCUCUUGACCUCGUGAUCCAGCCUCCUCAGCCUCCCAAAGUGCUGGGAUUACAGGCAUGAGCCACCGCGCCCAGCCCUCACAAUUCUUACCUUAACAGAUAAUAUGCCUCGUGCAUUUGGGAACAGGAUACCUUGAGCCAUAUAUCUAGUUGCCUUGUCACCGAUUUUAUACAUUUUAAAUUGUGACUUUCUCUAAUCAUGAACUAAAAUUAAAUCUUGUAUACAAUACAAGAGUAUUUUAUGCUCGCCUCAUUUUAUUAUAUGAUUAACUUCUGCAUUCCUUUGGUUCUAAGUGUGUUAUUUCAGAAUAAUCGAAGUACUUCGGCACGAAACUGGAUACAGUGUAUUCAGUUCAUAAGUGUAAUUGAACCUACUUGAAUGUGUUUAAGGUUUAAAUUAAUAUAAAUAAGAUGUUUUUGUAAGUUUUUAUUUUGAAAUAAGUUUAGAUUCACAGAAUCUUACCAAAAUAUUCCAGAGUUCUUGAAUGCCCUUAACCCAGCUUCUAACAAAGAUAACACCUUACUUAACGCGUAGUUCACGAUCAAAUACAGGAAAGGGAAAUUGUUACAAUACUCUUAACUACAGAAUUUAUUUGGAUCUCACCACUUUUAACAUGCCUGCAUUUUUGUUUGUUUUUUAUCUGUAGUUUUAAGAAAUCUUAUAUAUUGAUUCGUGUCACCCCGCCCACCCCUGAGAUUCAGAAUGUUGCAUGGGUGCAAACUCCUUCAUGCUACCUUUUCAUAGUCACAACCUCUCCUCAACCCUAACCCUCAGAAAUCAGAACUCUUUUCAUCUUUAGUUUUGUUAUUAGUGGAAUUUUCUAAAAAUGGAAUCAUACAGCAUGUACCCUUUUGGUAUUGGCUUUUUGACCUAAAGCAAAUAACCUCAGAUCCAUCCAAUUUGUUCUAUGUAUCAUAUAUUGUUUUAUUUUUAUGGGUGACUAAUAAUCUAUGAUAUGAAUAUACCACAAUUUGUUUAUUCACCCACUAAGGACAUUAGGGUUGUUUCUACUUUUUCUUACUUUUUUUUUUCUGAGAUGGAGUUUCACUCUCUUUGGAGUGCAGUGGUGCGAUCUCAGCUCACGCAACAUCCGCCUCCUGGGUUCAAGCGAUUCUCCUGCAUCAGGCUCCUGAGUAGCUGGGAUUACAGGUGCCCAUCACCAUACCUGGCUAAUUUUUUUUUUUUUUUUUUGUAUUUCUAGUAGAGGUGGGGUUUCACCAUGUUGGCCAGGCUGGUCUUAAACUCCUGACCUCAGAUGAUCCACCUGCCCCUGCCUCCCAAGGUGCUAGGAUUAUAGGCAAGAGCCAUCAUGCCCAGCCUUUCUGUUACAAAUAAAAAUCCUAUGAACAUUUGUGUACAAAGGCUUGGUGUGAGAACAAUUUUUCGUUUCUCAAGGAUAAUAACUGAAGACUGUGAUUCAUGGGCCAUAAGGUAAGUGUAUGUUUAUCUUUGUAAGAUGCUAACCAAGCAUUUCCAGAGUCGUGUUUCAUUCCUCACCAGCAAUACAUGAGAGGGUCCGUUUUUCUCCUCCUCCACUUGCUGCUUCACUAUGUUUCAUUUUUCCUAUUCUAUUACGUGUGCUUUGACAUGGAUAGACACAUACCAAUUGUAUGUUGCCUUGGUUUGCAAUUGUUUAAAGCCUUUAUUUAUUUAGAAAGACAAGGUCUCAUUGUAUCGCUCAGGCUGGAGUGCAGUGGCUAUGCACAGGCACCAACAUAGCACACUACAGUCUCGAACUCCUGGCCUUGACAAGUUUUCCUGUCCCAGCCUCUAGAGUAGCUGGGACUGCAGGCACAUGCCACUGUGCCCUGCUUAGAGAGUUGUUUAUUAAUGCUGGAUAAAGGUUGGAUACAGCUGGAUAACGGUUUUAUGUCACUUGCAAAUAUUUUUCUCUAGAUGUGGCUGUUUUGUUUUUUCUCAGAGAAAAAGAUUUUAAUUAUGAUGAAGUCCAGUUCGGAAGUUUGUUUUUCUUUUACGGAUUGCGAUUUUGGCAUUACAUCCAAGUAUUCCUUCCCUACUGUAAUUGAUGAUUUUUUUCUAUGUCCUUUUACAAAAUAAUGUCGUUUUGCUUUUAAUAUUUAGCGAUAUGAUCCAUUUAAAUUCAUCUUUGCAUAUAGGAUAAGGGUUGAAGUUCAGCCUAUGGUUGAUUCAACAGUAUUGAAAACACUGUCUGCUUUCCAUUAAAUUAAUUUUGAACAUUCGUAAAAAUCAUUUGUCUGUUCUUGUGUCCGUUUCUUGACUGUGUUCUGUUGAUGUGUGCUUCUUUUCACGCCUCUAAUAACACUGCUGGGUGCCAGCCUCAACCCUGUACGUGGGUGCCCUUAGUCCCGGCAGUGAUGUGGGACUCAAAAAAGAAAUAAAGACAAAGACAAGAGUCAAGGUUUCAAAAUAUGGAUCCAGGGGACCAACGCAAGCACGGGGCCCUGAGCUAUUGUGGGGUAAGAUGGGGGGAGUCGCGGGGAGGGGAGCUGUUUGUCUGCAGCAUUCAAUAGCACAUGUGGUUCUUCUAAGAAAUGCUAAGUGGCCAGGCGCAAUGGCUCACGCCUAUAAUCCCAGCACUUUGGGAGGCCGAGGCGGGUGGAUCACGAGGUCAAGAGUUCGAGACCAUCCUGGUCAAUAAGAUGAAACCCCGUCUCUACUAAAAAUACAAAAAUUAGCUGGGCAUGGUGGUGUGCGCCUGUAGUCCCAGCUACUCGGGAGGCUGAGGCAGGAGAAUUGCUUGAAGCCGGAAGGCAGAGGUUGCAAUGAGCCAAGAUCGUGCCAUUGCACUCCAGUCUGGGCAACAACAGUGAAACUCCAUCUCAAAAAAAAAAAAAAAAAGAGAAAAGAAAUAAGAUUUGAGUAGGUGUUGACUUUGCACCUUAUGACUCUGCUAAACUCACUUGUCUAGUUCUGUAGACUCCUUGAGAUUAUAUUUGUAUAAUUAUGCCUCCUAUGAAUAGGGGCAGUGAUAUUUCUGCUGUUCUAGUGUUUUCUUUUCCUUUUCUUCCUUUGUUCACUGGCUAGGGCUUCCACUUUAUUAAAUAGAAACAGUGAGAGUUGACAUCUUGGCCAUGAUUGCAAUUUUAGAGAAGUAUUCAGUCUUUUACUAUUAAAUACGUUAUAGAAUCUUUUGGACAUAUAUAUAUAUUUUUUUAACAAGGUUCAGGAAGUUCCUAUGUAAUCCUAAAAUUUUGGCUAUUAUCUCUUAAAAUAUUCCCUUCUGGCCUGGGUGCUGUGGCUCACGCCUGUAACCCUAACACUUGGGGAGGCUAAGACAGGAGGAUUGCUUGAUAUCAGGAGUUUGAGACCAGCCUCGGCAAAAUAGUGAGACUCCACCUCUAUUUUAAAAAUAGUACAUCUGAUUGAUGUCUUACAGGUAUUUAAAGCUUCAUUUUUUUUUUUCAAUUUUUUUGUCUUCUUUUCUUUCGGGUGGAUAAUUUCUUUUGCUCUCUAAGUUUACUCAACGUUUUUUCUGACAUAGCGAUCUGCUGGUUAUCUUAUCAUGUGAACUUUUCAUUGUUACUGUAUUUUUCAGCACCAACAUUUACAUUGGAUUUUUUAAACUAUAUUUUAAAUGUCUUUAUUGAGAUUUUUUGUUUAUUGGGUUAUUGCCAUAUUUUCUUUUAAACACUUAAAUAUGUUGAUAAUACUUUUCUUUAUGUUUUUAAAUAGAUUUAUCUUACUGGCUUUGAAGCUAUUGUCCACUCUUCUUCACUAGGACCCACUUGGAGUUAGUUUUAUUGACUGCUUUGUUUUCUGAGUAUUAGUGACUCUUUACGGUUUAUUUGCAAAUAUGUUAUUUUUGUUGCUGUUGAAACCUGAAUAUUUUACAUCUACAACUCCUUAUUCCUUUCACUACUAAAAUUCACAGUACAUUCAGUCAAACCUGAACAGGACUGAAACCUGCAGUGGUUUUGUCCACAUUGUGACUGUGGCUGCCUCAGUAACAUCUUGGCUUCUACAUACCUCAUCCAGCCAGUUGUCUUCAGUAUUUUCUGUGUAAGGGACCUUGGACUUCCUGUAAGAUGGCGAUUCCUGUGAUGCUCCUGCCAAAGGGCUCAAGAAUGCAGCCAUCUUUCCAUUUUGCUCCCUAGAUAGUUUCUGGCCUCUGAAAACCUCCCCAGUUAGGGCAGUGUUGGUGACAGUCUCUUGUAAGGAGGAAGGGAGGGCACUGAAGUUACCCAAAGACAUUUGCAUUUCUUCCCACCUGGCUGAGCAUAGCAACCCUUAUGGUCACUCCCAUCAGAAAUGACGCAAUAGGCUCUAUGAGGUAACAUAGCUCAUAGAGUGUUCAAACCCAGAACUUGGACUUAGGGAAAUGUCCCAUAUCCCUAGCCGGAAGCCAGCCUCCCAGCCUCUCCAAGUUCUUAAGAGUUGGUGAAGGAUGGGGUUGCAGCACCAGAAUUCCAGAGUCGGAAGUGGAUGCUGAUAUAUGUUCAGCCUUUGUUAACUGCUGCCGUAGUCUUGAGAGCCUGAUGCUGCGUGUGAAUCUGGAUGGGGAGCUUGUGGGGACCACGAAGUGGAAAUGCAUGUGAAUGUUCGUGUUCAGGAGUUGCAUUUCAGUUUAGUCACCGAGGAAUACGGGUGUGAGAAAGGGAGCCUUGGAUGUUGAAGGUUAAGGCUUAGUUUUUGUUUUUUUUUGUUUGUUUGUUUUUUGUUUUUGUUUUUGUUUUGAGACAGAGUUUCACUCUUGUUACCCAGGCUGGAGUGCAAUGGCGCGAUCUCGGCUCACCGCAACCUCAGCCUCCCGGGUUCAAGCAAUUCUCCUGCCUCAGGCUCCCGAGUAGCUGGGACUACAGGCGCGCACCACCAUGCCCAGCUAAUUUUUGUAUUUUUAGUAGAGACGGGUUUCACCUUGUUGACCAGGAUGGUCUCGAUCUCCUGACCUCGUGGUCCACCCGCCUCGGCCUCCCAAAGUGUUGGGAUUACAGGCGUGAGCCACUGCGCCAGGCCUUUUUUUUUUUUCUUUUAAGACGGAGUAUCGCUCUGUCGCCAGGCUGGAGUGCAGUGCGCGAUAUCAGCUCACUGCAAUAUUCGCCUCCCUCAUUCAACAGAUUCUGCUGCCUCAGCCUCCUAAGUACUGCACUCCAGCCUGGGCGUCAGAAUGAGACUCCGUCUCAAAAAUAAAAUAAAAUGAUUGUAAGUAUUUUUUCUUUCUUCACUCCUGAAUACUUGCUAUUUUUGUGUUCUUAGAAACCGCUUCCUGCAAGCUAUUUUCCGCCAGACGCUUUCCGUGGGUGUCCGCCUACCUGAUGUGUUGGCUUCUCCCUUUCUACCUGAUCUGUUACCUUUUUCAUCUUCAAUUCAUUCUCUGUGAUAUCUGCACCUGGUUGCACUCUUAGUGGUCCUUUUUAAAACCUUUAAAAAAAAUUAACAAAGAUAGCAAAGUAUUAAAAGUAAUUUAUCUCGCCCCAUAUUUGCCUGAUAAAGCUUGAGUCUCUGAAAAUCUGCCCCUUAUCGCAAGACUUGAAGUGCCAGGAAAUGAGGCGAUUUCAGACUGCUCAUCUUCCCAGGCUGCUGGGCUCAAAAACCUACCACUGACUUCUGUACGUCCGGUUUUCAAACAUGGCUGCCCCCAUGGAGCUACAGCAUUGGGCGCGGCCAUAUUACAGACUAGCAACUGCCGUAAAUCCGGUUGUUCUUGCUCUUUUAAACGUUAGGUUUUCAUCGGCCGCCGUAGGUGGACCAUAAACCUGUGCGAGGAGGCAAGUGGUAGAUGCAGUUUACGGAAGUGUAACGUCGAGGCCCUCCUUGUGGUUCUGGAGAAAAUAGAGGCUGGAGUGCAAUGGCGCGAUCUCGGCUCACUGCAACCUCUGCCUCCCGGGUUCAAGCGAUUCUCCUGCCUCAGCCUCCCGAGUAGCUGUGAUUACAGGCGCGAGCCACCACGCCCGGCUAAUUUUUGUAUUUUUAGUAGAGACGGGGUUUCACCACGUUGGCCAGGCUGGUCUGGAACCCCUGGACCUCAGGUGAUCCGCCUGCUUCGGCCUUCCAAAGUGCUGAGAUUACAGGGGAAACCCUCUAGAAAGACUGCUGUCACAUUUUAAUGCCUCUCUAGACCUGAUAAUUUAAAGGGAGUCACAUUCCUCAGAUAAAAGCAAGCACAUUGACUUUCAAACUGAAGUCCUUGUCCUCACAUGGUGUACAAAGACUUUCGAAGAAGUGUGUGAGCACCAUGAUUUAAAGGGAAACAAAGAGCAGCUCCUCUCCUGGCUGAUUAUCUCUUUUCUAAAACUAAUCUGCCCGAGAGUUCACCGACUCCUAAGGCAUGGUGCUGUGGCAGGUCUCAUUUCGCACAUGCCUCCACAGUCCUUCCAUGGAAACUGUCACAGAAGAAAGGCAUAGCUCCACCACAUUUAGAAUCCUAGAUGUUACUGGCCGGAGGAAUAAAAUCUUCUGGGGCUCCAAAUAAAGCCCACAGGUUCUGACCCCUCAGGAGCAAAGACAGCACCUGACAAGGGAGGACGCAGAUUUGGGACCCGCAUUUCCAGGGGCACCACUGAAGACUGACUUCGGAAGAGAGGUCCAGAAGACACAAAGACAGGCUGUCCCAGCUGAAUGCCAUUUUCCUGGAACAGAAGAAAAUGAUCCAGACCCAGGCAGGAUCUUGCCUGUUCCCCAGGCUGAAGUGCAGUGGCGCAAUCACAGCAUACUGCAGCCUUGUUGACCACCGUGUUCAAGAGAUCCUCUCACCUCACCCUGUGUUCAAGUGAUCCUCUCACCUCACCCUGUGUUCAAGUGAUCCUCUCACCUCACCCUGUGUUCAAGUGAUCCUCUCACCUAACCCUGUGUUCAAGUGAUCCUCUCACCUCACCCUGUGUUCAAGAGAUCCUCUCACCUCACCCUGUGUUCAAGAGAUCCUCUCACCUCACCCUGUGUUCAAGAGAUCCUCUCACCUCACCCUGUGUUCAAGUGAUCCUCUCACCUCACCCUCUAGAGUAGUUGGAACUAUAGGUGCACACCACUAUGCUAGACCAAUUUUUAAAUUUUUUUUGAGAGAUGGGGUCUUGGUAUAUGGCCCAGGCUGGUCUUGGACCACAAAUGAUCCUCCUCCCUUGGCUUCUCAUAGUGCUAGGAUUACAGACAUGAGCCACUGUGUGUGGCCUCAAUGUUUGAUUAAAACUUUGUUACAAAAUUA